ACCCGGCUCCGCGGAGCGAAGAUCUGGUGUCUCCAGUUUGGAAAGGCACAUGCAGCACGGCUCGGGAGCCACCCACUUAUCAGCAGAUCUCGUGCGAGUGUUUGUCCCAGGCUCUGCGCGCCUGCACGGCCCACGGCGCUCGGAGCUCCGCGCCGGAACGGCCGAGCCAGCCCCGGGCCCCCUUGCAGCCGGAAGGUGACGGUCGCCGGAGCCCCGGAGGCGGUGGCCGGGCCCAGCCAGGAGCAGCAGCGCCCGCUCUGUCUUGCUCUUGCAGAACCCAUAGGUCUUUCCUGAAGUUGUGGUCUGAACGUUACACUGCAUUUGUAUCCAGGAAAGGAAGAAGAGAGAAGAGCCUUGUCUCUCGGGAAUAUAGCACUGGAGACACGAGGAAAAUUCUUCCAAGGAUGGUCUCCCACUCAGAGUUGAGAAAACUUUUCUGUUCGGCGGACGCAGUGUGUUUCGACGUUGAUAGCACCGUCAUCAGAGAAGAAGGAAUUGAUGAGCUGGCCAAAUUCUGCGGAGUUGAGGAUGCUGUAUCAGAAAUGACUCGGCGAGCCAUGGGCGGGGCAGUGCCUUUCAAAGCUGCUCUCACAGAGCGCUUAGCACUGAUCCAGCCUUCCAGGGAGCAGGUGCAAAGGCUCCUAGCAGAGCACCCCCCCCACCUGACCCCCGGCAUAAGAGAGCUGGUAAGUCGCCUCCAAGAGCGAAACGUCCAGGUUUUCCUAAUCUCCGGCGGCUUUCGGAGUAUCGUGGAGCAUGUUGCUUCGAAGCUCAACAUACCGGCUUCCAACGUAUUCGCCAACAGGCUGAAAUUCUACUUUAACGGUGAAUAUGCGGGUUUUGAUGAGACCCAGCCAACUGCGGAAUCUGGAGGGAAAGGAAAAGUGAUUAAGUUCUUAAAGGAAAAAUUUCAUUUUAAGAAAAUUGUCAUGAUUGGAGAUGGAGCUACAGACAUGGAAGCCUGUCCUCCCGCUGAUGUUUUCAUUGGAUUUGGAGGCAAUGUGAUCAGGCAACAAGUCAAAGACAACGCCGAGUGGUACAUCACUGAUUUCGUGGAGCUUUUGAGAGAACUGGAAGAGUAACAACAAUUUUGAUGUAGCAACUUCAGAUUAAUUCUUAAAAGUUAUACAGAAUGAUACCAUUUGCUUACAGUUGCCAUUACAACAUAAUACAUAAAAUUGGUUCCCAUUAUUGGUACUUUCAAGUCAACCAUAGUUGGGAAUUCUAGAAAAUGCUUUUUUUAAAAACUCUAGUUCUGCGAUUAUUAUGACCACUAAUUACCUGCAGGGUUUAUAACCUGAAUUCCUUUUGUAAAUCCUUAGCCAUAUUUUAUUUGAAGCCUUUUAAAGGUGGACAGUAAAUUAAACACCUUCACUCUUGAAAAUAAGGAUGCCACAGCAGCCUUAAAUGAAAAUGUUGGUUUUCCCUUUGGAUACAAAUAAAAGCUUUUCUGUGUAUCAGAACACAUGUGUGGAAUUUUCA